CUUUCAAAGAUGUCUUAUUUUCAGCCUAAUGCCUAAAGGCAAGAUUAGGGUUAAGAUAAAAUUUAAUGAAUUAGAUUUAAAACCAGUGGUUCAGCCCUCUGCCAAGACUUAAUAACAAUAGGGCCCAGUGUACAAUUAAAUGCAAGACCCAGCUUAAAAUUAUGGUGGUCCUCCUGCAUAAUAUGGUGGUUAUCCUCCUCAAUAAGGUUAUCCUCCUUAAUAAGGUUAUCCUCCUUAAUAAGGUUAUCCUCCUUAAUAAGGUUAUCCUCCUCAAUAAGGUUACCCUCCUCAAUAAGGAUAUGGACACCCUGGAUACCCUCCUCCAUAAGGAUAUGGACAGCCUCCUCCUUAAGGAUAUCCUCCUCAAUAAGGACACCUUCCUUAAUCUUCUUCUUAAGCUAAUACUACAGUUAAGUAUUUAAAAUUUUCUAAUCUUAGUAUUAAUCUUGGUAGUGCAGUAGUCAUGGCUGGAGAUGCCUUAUGUAUACAUUGCAAAAGACCACAUACACUUAUAACUGGAAGAAGCAUAGGAUGGUAAACAAUUAUAGCAUUCAUAUUGAUUUUAUUCAUCUUUUGGCCAUUAUGUUGGUUACCUUUCGUUAUAAGUGAAUGUAAAGACAAAAGUUAUUAUUGCUCAUAAUGUGGUUUAUUAGUAUACAAAAAAUAAUUUACAAUGUGCAGUUGAUUCAAAAUAUCAUAC